CGGAGGAGCGCCGCCAUGGCCCGUACCAAGCAGACCGCCCGCAAAUCCACCGGCGGCAAGGCCCCCAGGAAGCAGCUCGCCACCAAGGCGGCGAGGAAGUCGGCCCCGACCACCGGCGGCGUGAAGAAGCCCCACCGCUACAGGCCCGGGACCGUGGCGCUGCGCGAGAUCCGCAAGUACCAGAAGAGCACGGAGCUGCUCAUCCGCAAGCUGCCCUUCCAGCGUCUGGUCCGCGAGAUCGCGCAGGACUUCAAGACGGACCUGCGGUUCCAGAGCCACGCCGUGCUGGCGCUCCAGGAGGCGGCGGAGGCGUACCUCGUCGGCCUCUUCGAGGACACCAACCUCUGCGCCAUCCACGCCAAGCGCGUCACCAUCAUGCCCAAGGACAUCCAGCUCGCCCGCCGCAUCCGCGGUGAGCGCGCCGGAUGGACACGGGACCAAAGACGAAGCUUCCAGCGCCACGUCACCGAUCCGCACCUCCUCGCUCCUGACCAACCAAAGCUGAGCACACGGAUCGUGUGCUUUCUCCGCGCAACCUCCAGCCGUCAGAUCCAAACGCACUCCCAAACGGCAGCAACAAACCGCCUCGGCCACGUCUCUCCUGUGACCCCUGGUCCCACCCACCACCUAUAUAUUCCCGACCCACCUCCCCCUCUCCUCUCAUCACUGCCAAUUUGUCCCCUCUCCACUCCGAGUUCCAGCGCCCAAAUCCAAUCCGCAGCAGUUCCAGCUCUUCGUAGCGCGAUGGCCCGGACGAAGCAGACCGCCCGCAAGUCCACCGGCGGCAAGGCCCCGCGCAAGCAGCUGGCCACCAAGGCGGCGCGCAAGUCGGCCCCGACCACCGGCGGCGUGAAGAAGCCCCACCGCUACAGGCCCGGGACCGUGGCGCUGCGCGAGAUCCGCAAGUACCAGAAGAGCACGGAGCUGCUCAUCCGCAAGCUGCCCUUCCAGCGCCUCGUCCGCGAGAUCGCGCAGGACUUCAAGACGGACCUCCGGUUCCAGAGCCACGCCGUGCUGGCGCUCCAGGAGGCGGCGGAGGCGUACCUCGUCGGCCUCUUCGAGGACACCAACCUCUGCGCCAUCCACGCCAAGCGCGUCACCAUCAUGCCCAAGGACAUCCAGCUCGCCCGCCGCAUCCGCGGCGAGCGCGCCUAGGCCGUCGCCGUUGCCGCAGGCAAUUCCGUAGUUGGUUCCCUUCUGGAUUUAGAUCUUGUUAGGUCCUGUUAGGAAAGCUUUUAUCUCGUUGUAAAGAUCUGGUUGUUUUACCAUAGUUAUAAGACUGCUCUUCUCUGUU